AUGGAAGAAAUGACAACUAUAUUUCAACAUUUCUUAUUCACAUCAGAUGAAAGUUCAUCUUUAGAUCUUCGUUCUCAUCAUCGUGACGAAGAGGCGAAUAUUCCACAAUUCCAUAGAGUUAAUGAUAAAGAACGAGUUCUUAACAGGUCACCAUGGCAUUUUGAUCAUUCUUUAGUCCUGUUGGAAGAGAUAACUGGUGCAAUUAUCCCAUGUCAAGUCUCUAUUACACAUGCUACAUUUUGGAUUCAAUUGCACAAUCUUCCUCUUCAGUGUAUGACCCAAUCUGUAGGUCAAGCUAUCAGUAAUCAAUUGGGUAAUUUGGUGUCCAUAGAUUCAAAUGAAGAGGGUCAACAUUGGGGUCGAUUUAUGCGGAUUAGAGUUAAAAUUGACAUCCGGAAACCAUUGUGGAGAGGCAUGAAAAUUCUGCUUGAUGAUGUGGAAAGUUUCUGGGUAGAUUUUCACUAUGAGAAACUGACAGAGUUUUGUUUCAAAUAUGGUUUCUUGGGGCAUUUGCAAAAGGAUUGCCAUGUUGUAGACUCUCAUUCUAAUCCUCAAUAUGGUGUUUGGCCGUAG